AUGGUACUGGCCAGUGACCUCUUCCCGGUUGUUAUCGCCUCGUUGGAAAGCUGGAGGGACUGGCAAGCGUCGGACUGGGAUGGCCUAAGCUGUCAGGUUGUGACAGAACGGAAGGGGAGACGAGGGAUCGGUAUCGACUCAAAGACAAACGGUCUGAGAGAAGAUGUAUCGGACUCGAGGAUAGCGAUCCAAGAGUAUAGAGGGUUCGUGAUCAGACUCAAGAGAGUUAACUCAAGAGAAUAUACAAGUCAAGGUAGGGAUCUCAAUGUUCAGGGCAGGUCUGGUAAUUGUACAAAGGUCAAGAAGGAUAUAUCAGGAAGGCAAGAGCAGGCAGGAGUCCAUGCGGUCAGGGAUAGGGCUCUGUGGGAACAUCAAGGGAAAAGGAAGUCAGGCCAUGAGGCCAUAGAUCAAGGGUUCAAAUGGAAGCGUCUAGCUUCUAUCACAGAAGGUCAGGGUCGGCGGGGAUCAGGAACCCAGUUGCAGCGCACCCUUCUGCCUGUUCCAUCGUGCACUCGCAGUUCCCGGGGUGGAGUGCGGUCUGCAAACAGAAGCCACCCGUACUCGCGUGUUGGCGCUCCCACCCAGCUGGAGCUGCGUUUUGCCCACAAGGCAAUUCAAAGAAACUCUGACAUCACCCUUACUGAUGGGCGAGACAUUUUUUUGAGUGGUCUCUCAUCUUUGUCAGAUGACACCAUAACAUUGGUGGCGCACGCCAAACAUGCUACACGAGAAAGUCUCCGUCACAAGGUCAAGCAGCUCGGUUGGGAGAUCCAGGAGGUACAAUAUAGCGAGCUACUUCUCAAAGUGUUUGAGCGGAAGGAAAAGAAGCGACUGAACAUGGCAGAGUCAGAUUUUCGCCUGUUCCAGAAGCUCUUAGUGGGCCGCAAACUUCCAGCCCUACCGCAGGAUGCUGAAUACUUGGAGGGAUCACACGAUUCUGAGCUCGAAUCCCUAGCCACAGCUGACGAGCAGCUCUACCAAAUCUCGUCAAUCUCACCGCUAGGCUUACGAGGAGGAACAAUCUGA